UCACCCUGGGAAGGAACAGAGAGGCCUCUCUCAUUUUUUUCAGAACACCCGAUGACAUCACACGAGUACCAUUGAAAUCCUCUGUGAAAGGCAGGCAGUUGAAUAGCCACCGUCAAGAAGUGCUGCUCACUUCCCUUCCAGCAGAAGAGUGGCCACAGGACAGGAGCGUGCUGGAGUUUUACAAGUAGUUUAAAAUGUGGGAGACAAGGGUGAAGAAGUUAAAGGUAGGAACUGCAGUUAGAGACUGACCUGAACCUUUUCGUGUCUAAGAGGUCUGUCUGUCAUAUCCUGCCUUCAGUCAGAUUGUAGUUUAAAUGGACCUCAGCAGCAGGCACAGCAGUAUUGGCUCCACCACAGCCCCGUCCUCCAUUUACUCUACAGCUCCAGUACCCAGGCAGCAGUGGCCCAGCACUAGUAAGUGGAAAAUUCCAGAGCUUCAGUGGGUAUGCUUUACAUUAUGUACCAUCCGAGUGUUACCACAGAGCUCUUCUUCUGAGGUAGUCUUACAGGUCCUGUUUUAGCCUCAGUUUUAUAGUUAGUCUCUUACUGUGCCACAAAAGUAUAAGCAAUUGUAUUGAACAGUUUGUUCCCUCCCCCCUCGUGUGUGUGUGUGUGUGUGUGUGUGUGUGUGUGUGUGUGUGUCUGUCUGGGUCUGGGUCUGGAAGCAGGAUGGAGUGGAAGAUGCCAGAAGCCAUGUGAUUAAGCACCUCCAUGCUAUGCAGACAUUGGGGCUGUUUGAUUGGCCAGCAAAUGCAAACCUGAUUUGCAUGUUCCCAUUUCCUGGGUUAUUUUUCAUUCUGCAUAUGAAUGAGAUUUCAGAUUCAUGUUCAAAGUAGUUCAGUGUUCCUUUUUUAAAUGCUCAGUAUAAGGCUUAUAGAAAAUGAAAAAGGAAGCUAUAAAUUAGCACAUCUGUGAGGAACAGCAUACUUAUUUAUAGAAAUGGACAUUGGAAGUUAAAUAUUUGAAAAGGAUUUUGUUCUCAGUUACCUUCAAAACUAAUCUUAGAUUUGAGAUUGGAAAGUAGGGAAUUUGAAGAAGAAAUGAAACUUUAUAUCUGAGUUGCUUUAUCUGACUUAGAGACCAUGUGAAAGUCCCGCACUUUACCUGUGUUAGCACUGCUCAGGUGUCUGACUUCUGCCCCUAAGGUGGACUAGACAUGCUUGCCUUCAUUCUUCUCACCAAGUACAGCCAGAACUCCAGAUGUCACAUAGAAAACAACACAAGAGACUGUAGAAGAGAAGAUGGCAGAGCCUCUGGAGCCCCCAAAAGCAAGGGAAUGACUUCUGGAUUCUUCUUUGUCUCACAUAUCUCAGUCUUGGAACUGAAGAGGCCAGCAACCUGGGGACAAAUGGUCACAAAUCACAGCCAAACACUGACAGAUGCCUACUCCUCUGGGAGCCAUUGAGGCCAAGGAACCAGAGUUAGCUAAUCCCAUCAGGAAGUAAUUAGCAUCCACAGCUCCUUCCCCUUGUCAAAGGGUUGUCAAAUACCCAAAUAAAACAAGGUUAAAAUGCACUGGCUGUUUGUUUAGAGGACCUGGGUUCAAUUCCCAGUGCCCACAUGACAGCUCACAACCAUCUGCAACUCCAGUUCUAAAGGGUGUGACACCCCCUCCAGGGUCCUGUAAGCACCAGACAGAGGUGAUGAACAGACAUAAGCAAAGCGCCCAUGCAAGUACAGUAAAAACGAGAGACUCUUAGACACCUGAGACGUUUGGAUUUCAGGUAGAAAUACUGAAAAAUGCCUGAAGAAAUAAGAGCUGACUGUGAAGUUUGGCAAACGACGUAAGCACACUGUGUGCAUGUACACGGCAUGAAGGUGAGUGCGUGCCUAUAAGCAUGGCUAAGCAAACCCACAGUAAGAUGCAUCGCCAUCAGGCCGGGCUGGAGAACACCUGAAGCUCCUGAGUGCAUCGGGAGACAAACACUGCAGUAUGAUCCAUAAAAAGAAGUACAGCUACAUUGGAUUUCACAGGAAUCAAUCUAUAUGUCAGAGACCCUUUUAAAAGUAUUAAAGGUUACAAGGACAGCAAACCGCCCAAUCGCUGCUGGAGACAUUUCGACCUUCCAGUCCUUCGUCUUCCUUGGGGGACAGCUGACCUUGGCACUGGGCGUUCUCCUGUGUUUAAACUACUACAGUAUAGCAAUGGGAGCAGCGUCCUUACUUCUUGUCGUCACCUACCCACUAGUGAAAAGAAUCACGUUUUGGCCUCAGUUGGCUUUGGGAUUGACUUUUAAUUGGGGUGCGUUACUCGGAUGGUCUGCUGUCAAGGGCUCCUGUGAUCCGGCUGUAUGCCUGCCUCUGUAUUUUUCUGGAGUUAUGUGGACACUGAUAUAUGAUACUAUCUAUGCCCACCAGGACAAGAAAGACGAUGCUCUGAUCGGCCUGAAGUCCACAGCACUGCUGUUCCAGGAGAACACAAGGCAGUGGCUUAGUGGCUUUGGGGUCGCCAUGGUGGCAGCGCUGAGCCUGGCGGGAGCCAACAAUGGUCAGACUGUCCCCUACUACGCUGCUGUGGCUGCGGUGGGAGCCCACCUGGCUCACCAGAUUUACACUGUAGACAUCCACAGAGCCGAGGACUGCUGGGACAAGUUCACCUCCAACCGCACAGUAGGAAUGCUCCUGUUCUUAGGGAUUGUCCUUGGAAACCUGUGCAAAGAAAAGACGGAAGAAGCAAAAGAUGCUGAAGCUGUUAGAGUGGGAAGUGAGCAGACGAGCUGAGCUUGGCCCCUCAGGAAGCAGAGGCAGGAAAACUGUGAGGUCAAGGCAUCGAGCGGCAUAGUAGGAUCCUGUCUCAAGCACACCGGCUAGAGUGGUAGCUCAUGGGAAGUGUGGGCACCAUGCAGUGUGCCCAAGGCUCUAGGUUCUCUCCUAGCAAAUAAACUCAUUUGUACAACUUUCAGGGCUUAAGACUACAUUGUUAGGCUUGGAUGAGCAAUCUGUUAAAGAAGUAAGAAGCACUCGGGCAGCGUGUACUGGACUUUACUGCAGCUGCUUUCAACCAGCUCCCUGUCACAGCACCUGUCCCAGGGACCUGGGGUUGGGUAGGCCCCUGUGUUAGCAUUCUGCAACCUUCUGUCCUUGUUCCUUCUCAUCCAAAGUUUCAGGAGCUUCAGGAAACAACUUGCAUAACUCAUCUAAUGGCUUUUAUGACAUGGCCGUGUGCUUUAUUUUAUUCCUCACUAAGAAUCUCCUUGUGAUCUGUACUCACUGCCAAAGCUGUAAUUCAAGAAGCCAUUCUGAUUCUAGAUGUUUUAGAAGGAUGUUGGCAAAUAAAGUUGUUAUUUAUAUCCAUA